AUGUCAAAAGAAAGAGAAUGUCGAAAUCCAAGGAAAACUUUCCCGAAAGAAAUUGGAAAAGAAACUGAGCAAAAAUUGCUAAAAGUGAGUAUUUCAAAUUUAAAGAUUUUCCUGGAUCUAUCGAUUUUUAUAGAAUUUGAAUUACGACAUUUGGCGAUUAUCCGAAGAUUCUGAAUUGAUGCUCAAAAUAUCAUCAACACAAAUCAUUUCGGUCAAUUUACUCAAACGAUUGGCGCCUAUGAUGAAAUCGAACAAAUCGGAUUGUAUGAAAUAUUUAAAGAUUGAUGCUCAAAAUAUUUUUGUGAUUUCACAAUUUUUUGAAACGUAUAAUUUUGAGGGAUUUUUUUGAAAUAAAAAAAAUUUCCCAAAUUUCUCUGAAUUUCAACUCACUCUUCGUCUUGUUUUUGUUCCUCCUCUUUUUUAUCAUCCUUCUUUAUCUUUUCAUUUUUAUUUUCCUCCUCUGUUUUCUCUUUUUCUUUCUCCUUUUCUUUCUCUUCAUUUUUGUUUUCUUCAACAAUCGGUUCUUCAUUGAAUCGUUCAAAUAACGUAAUUGCUGGAUGAAUUACACUCUUUUUUCGAAGUGUCAUCUGAUUUUCAUCAGAUUCGUCGUCUUCUAGAACAUCGUCUAAAACAUGAUGCUAGAAAAACCCUUCAUUUCACAAAAAUUUCAUUUUUACCUGUUUUUUUUCAAAUCCAAAUCAAUUUUUCAGAACUUCGCGUAACAUCGCAGGUUUCUAUGGAAUAUGUGUCUAUUUAAUUAUAUCAAAUAUUGCAAUUAUUGUAUUGGUUGUAUUUUUGAGUGAUCGACCACUCCGAAAAUUGUAUAAAAAAGAUGUUCGAAAUAGUGUUCUCCUCGUCAAAAAUCCCAAAGAUAAAUUCAAAGCCUAA